CCCUCCCGCCACGCGGCCCCGCUCAAUGCUCAGGCGGCGGAUCCCAGCCCGCCAAAGGAUCGCGAGAGCUGGGCAAGGGGCGGUCCCAAAGGACGUCAGCCUUGGUUACGGCCGAGCGUCACUGAGUAGCAACCAGGAGUAAAAUGGCAGGGUUGGUUCUGUGUGAGCCUACAGAACUUUACAACAUAUUGAAUCAGUCCACCAAGCUCUCCAGGUUAACUGAACCUAACUAUCUCUGUUUACUGGAUGCCCGUACAAAGCGUGAGUACAAUGAAAGCCAUGUGAUUACAGCAAGAAGGGUUAAGCUGAAUCCUAUGGGGGAAUACCUGGUACCUCAAUCAGUUGAGCUGGAGUGUGUCAAAUAUUGUGUCGUGUAUGAUGGCAAAACCAGCUCUUUGGAUGAUCCCUAUUAUGAUGGUUCUGUGGAGGAUGUAAAAGGGACAAAACCUGUCUCAGUGAUCUCAGGAUCUGAAUCCAGUUCUUCAUGUUCACAAAAUGCUGAGGAAGGGGCUGCCACCCAGUGCGCCAGAGUCUUAGAGCAGUUUACCCGCCACCCAGUCCUCAUCCUGAAAGGAGGCUACGAGCGUUUCACUGCAUGCUACCAUUUCUUGAGGACUCAGAAGAUAUUCUGGAUGCCUCAGGAACUGGAUGCCUUUCAGCCAUACCCUGUAGAGAUACUGCCUGCUAAGUUAUAUAUGGGAGAUUACAGACAGGCCUGUGACCCACAGAUUCAGAAGGAUCUGAAAAUCAAAGCACAAGUCAACAUCUCAGAGGAGAUUGCAACACUUUUCACAGAUGAAAGCAAAAAACUUCUUCAUGUUUCUGUAACAGAUUCCCCCCACAUCUUCGUCGACGAUUUACAGGAUGGCAUAGAGCAGUGGAUCCUGAUCUGUAGCUACCAACCUUUUCUUUAUUUAGAUGCUCAGCUGGCUCUUGGAGCGGUUCUGGUUUUCUCUACCCUGGGUUUAAGUCGGAGCAGCACGGCAGUAAUGGCCUUCCUCAUGCAUUCGUUCCAUUAUCCCUUAAAGAGGGCUUGGAAAUACGUCCAGAAAUGCAAAACAAACAUGAGACCGAACCGUGGCUUUGUGCAACAGCUGUCAGACUGGGAAAGACAAAUCUAUGGGUCAGUGAUCACAGAUGUCUCCGAACCAAAUUACUGACAGGCAGCAAGGAAAACAGCCAACUGUCCAGUUUAAUUUGGGCUGUGCUGCUUAGGUAAGGUUUGACUAGAAUUGGUCGCUGUACCAUCAAAAUACGAUUAUCUGAACCUUUCAAGGAUUGGUUUUCAUCUUCAUAUUUACAUCCUUUGGAGUCCCAUCCCUUCUUCAGGCAGACUUGGAGCUGUGCAUGAGUAAAGAUGUCAGCAUUUGGCUCAUUUUGUUUUGACUCACUUUUGUUCAAUUGCCAGCUAAUUAUCAAACUGCCAAGCACCUUCAGCUUCCAUUGAAACCAGUGGGGACUCCAGGUGAGCAGCACCAUUGAAAACCUAUCCAUCGAGUUCUGUCCUUGGAUGAGGAUUGGGUACUUAACCAUACAAACAAUUCCAGUUUCAACAGAGAAAUACGUGAUAUAGAAUUUCAGCAGCUCAGGAAUUCAUCUCUUACAAAUGCAGUCUCUCAGACAUCCAGUCACUACUAAGACCAAGUUAAGCCUUUGCACACAUGCAUGUGUCUCCUGUUAAUUUCUUUAUUUGGGCUCAGGCUCUCCAGCCUGGCCUCCACCUAUUACACUAGUCAGAUUUCUUUGCCUUGAAGGUCUAUUUGAAGCUCCAGUCCUAUUAUACUAAGCCAAAUUAAAGUCCUGCCCAAGCUCAGUACCGUCUAUCUGCUUUUGAACAUUGUAAAUUCUGUACAUUAGCAGCACAGAAUAGCUUGUAGAGAAUGUUAUUUAGGCCUUCCACAGCACUGUGAGCUCCCUACCCUUGUUGUUCGUGGAGGUCCUUCAGUUUGAGUCUUCCAUAUUUUUGAGAGGUUGUACCAGAACAUUAUUACAGCCUCAGUGUCUCUGGCGUGGGACAGAAUUACUCAACCUUGACAUUCUUGCUAAUAAAUGUAGACAACUACUUCUGAGUGCUGAGAUCUAUAUGCUUUGUGGGCACUGGGUAACAGAACUAAGCACUAGUGGUGUAAAUCACAAUUCAAUGUCUAUUUUCUGUACUGAUGUCUUGCAGUGAGAUCUAUAAAUGGGUGUCUCCAA